AUGAUAAACUUCGAGAAUGACCGAUGGAUGGAUGUUAAUGUCGUUGGCAGUCUUCUGAAGUUGUUCUUUAGAAAACUGCCCGAACCUCUCAUGUCCUAUGAAUUGUACGACCUAGCGAUACAAAUUUCUCGAAUCUCCGACCACGAAAAGAAGUUACUAAAAUUAAAAUCCCUUCUCGUCGAACUGCCAAUCACGAACAGGGAAACCUUCAAAUUUCUGGCCAAUCAUCUUCACAGGAUUGCCGAAAACGAGCCUGAGAAUAAGAUGAAUGCGCAUAACUUGGCCAUAAUGUUCGGCCCCUCAUUGGUCCACCCACAAAGCGACGACCCUCAAAACGAGCUGACCAAUCAGAUGAUAGCAGACAUGAAUUUGCAGACACACAUUGUGGAGCUUAUCAUUAUUUAUGUUAAUUUUUGA